AUGCACAACCAGAAUCAGCUUCUGCGUGAUGCCAUGCAGGCAAAUCAGGUUCCAAUUCCAGAGAUCGACGACAGCAAGAACGGGAUGAAUCUCCCUGGAGCUGCCGAGCUUGGUGGCACCAGCGAGGGCUUUGCUAACUUCACUGGAUCCAAGCAGCGACCACGGAGAGCCAGUGUGCAGGUGAAGAGGUUGCAGCAGCGCCGCAAGUCAUCCACCAGUCAGAUCGGUGACCUGGAGAAUGCCCUCCAAGUUUCUCCGACUGCCGGAAUGGGCGUCAGGCCUGGAACGCCGGGGUCAAACAACAAUCAUUUUGUUGACAUCACAGAGCAAACACUGGAGAUGCGACAGAAGAGAGAGCAGCAGAAGAAGGAUCUCCAGGGCUUGAAGAACUGGAACUCCAAGAGGGUUUCUCGCAUGAGGUCCGUAACUGAUGUCUCUGCCUCAACUUCCACGACAAAGAUUCCGCUCCAAGAUCUUCCGCUAGAUCAGCAGGUGGAACAGGAAGGGAAAGUCUUUGGCAGCCCUGAGGCUCUCAAAGAUGAAGUGCGCAAAGCCUUGCAGAAGGAGGACUUCAGUGUUGCACGGCACUACAAGACUGCGGGUUGUGCUCAGAAGAUUGCCAGGAGUCAGGUUUUUGAGAUCUCCACUUUGAUCCUUAUAGGGGUGAACUGCAUCUGGAUGUCGGUUGACGCGGAUCUCAACACUGCGGCGCUACUGCCACAAGCGGAGCCCAUUUUCCAGGUUGCUGAGAAUCUCUUCUGCGUCAUGUUCUCGUUGGAGCUGCUCAUCCGCUUCCUGGCCCUGAAGCACAAGAGGAAAUGCUUAAGAGAUUUGUGGUUUGUCUUCGACGCAUUUCUCGUUGCACUGAUGAUCGUUGAGACGUGGGGUGUUUACGUUGUGUUUGCUAUCAAUGGCACCAGUGUGGGCAUUUUCCAGAACGCAACCAUUCUUCGAAUCCUCAGAAUCCUCAGGUUGUUGCGAACAGCCCGUAUGGCGAAGCUUCUGCGUACGAUGCCUGAAUUAAUGCUGCUUAUCAAAGGCAUUGCCGUGGCAACCAGAUCGGUCUUUUUUACUCUGGCUCUGCUGGCAAUCAUCAUUUAUGUGUUCGCCAUCAUCUUUAUGCAGCUGGGAAGAGACAUCACGCUCCCCAAGCCAUACUUUGACAGGUUUGAAAACUCCAUGCGCACUUUGCUGCUCGAGGCAGUCCUGCCAGAUCUCAAGGAAUUCAUGGAUGACAUCUUCGAGGGAGGAUUGAUCUUCGCUUCGGUAAUGAUGAUCUUCAUCCUGCUUGGCUCGGUGACCAUGAUGAACAUGCUUGUCGGAGUUUUGGUGGAAGUCAUCAAAACCGUCUCCGAGAUUGAGAGAGAGCAGCUCGAGGUCAGUUUUGUCAAGAAGAUCUUCUCCGACAUGAUUACCAAGAUGAACUUAGAUGCGGAUGGCGACAAUCGAAUCUCGAAAGAUGAGUUCGAUACCCUCCUAUCAAAACCAGAGGCUGCUAAGGCCCUGCUGAAUAUUGGUGUCGAUGUCGUCGGCCUUGUGGAUUAUCGAGAUGUCUUGUUCGGCAAAGAGGGCGACAUGGAGCUCUCCUUCGCUGAGUUCAUGGAAGCUAUCCUAGAGUUACGAGGUACCAACAGCGCCAAGGUGAAGGACAUCGUCGACCUGCGAAAGUUUGUUGCACAGGAGACUGGGGCCAUCUACGAGCUGGUCGCGGUAGCGACUCACCAGGCAGACAGCAGCACUCGGUCGUCUUCGCGAGCUUCUUCAGUAGCAGUCGAGGCGAAAAUUCAGGAUGAAUGCUGA